GUGGGGAUAUCAUCUGGAGCCAAUACUGUUGCAGCACUCGAACUGGCUAAAAAGCCUGAGAACAAAGGCAAACUGAUUGUGACGGUUCACGCAAGUUUUGGAGAGCGAUAUCUGUCAUCUGUCCUGUUUGAAGAGAUAAGGAGAGAAGCUGAAAACAUGCAACCAGUUCCUGUUGACUGAUGCCGAAUGCCCUGAUCAUUGUUAUUUUGUUAUCAUACAGCUGCUAUUGUUAAACUUUCUUUUUUCCCAAUCUAUCAUCUGAUGUAAGGCUUUGGCAACUGCAUCUUCAACAUUACAAUUAAAAAAUAAAACAACCAGCUCAAUAUAUUUUUUUUAUUUUGUUAAGAUGUGACCACAAUAAUUCUGUUUCUAACAUAUUUGUUGAAUGCAAAACUUUGUCUUGUGAAUGAGAUGAGAUCAUGGAUUUAAACCAAGGAAUUUCAUGCCUUAAUGGCCUCAUAUUUGGAUUUUAUCUUGUGCUGAAGUCUGCAAAUUCCUUGAUUUUGAUUUUUUUAACGUUGGAGGAUCGGAGGGAAAAAAUGGGGUUUUGUUGAAUUUGUUGGAGGGAUUUGAUUUUUUUUUUUUUUUUAAUGUGUGGUGUUGGUGGUGGGUGGCUUUGAAUUCUUGCUGUAAUAAAUUUGAGUUUUGCGGGUUUUUUUUUUAUGCAAUCUGGUGUUGGAGGCGGAGCUGGGCCCAGCCGGAACCCCGGGGUGGGGCCGGCGGGUCGGGCCGCAUCCACAUCUUCGGCGGCGUCGCCGUCUUCGUCCUCUUCGGCAGUGUCCACGCCGCACUUGGGAUUUGAUUCAGUACAGCAGCAGCAGCAACAACAGCAGAUAGGGUCUAGGCAGUCAUUGCAACAGCAACUUCGUAGAAAACCAGAAGGAAAUGAAGCCAUUUUAUCAUAUCAAGCUGGUGGUGGUCUUCCAGGUGUGAUAGGAGGUAGCAAUUUUGCUUCAUCCCCAACCUCCAUGCAAAUGCAUCAACAGUCCAGGAAAUUUUUUGAUUUAGCUCAACAACAUGGUUCUGCCCUAGAGGCCCAGAACAGAAGUCAGGGUGAGCAACAGACGAUCAAUCCUGUUCACCAAGCUUAUUAUCAGUUUGCUUUGCAAGCUGCUCAACAAAAGUCACUUGCAGCACAGCAGCAAGCUAAGAUGGCAAUGUUGGGUUCUUCAUCUAGUAAAGAGCAGGAUAUGCGGAUGGGAAAUAUGAAAAUGCAGGAACUUAUGUCCAUGCAGGCAGCUAAUCAGGCUCAGGCAUCAUCCUCCAAGAGCUCCUCUGAACAGUUUGGUCGAAGUGAAAAGCAGAUGGAGCAAGGACUGCAGUCAGCCUCUGAUCAGAGAAAUGAGCCCAAGUCAUCAUCUCAGCCGACAGCUAUUGGUCAACUAAUGCCUGGAAGGCCUAUGCAGGCACCACAGGCCCAGCAAACCAUUCAGAACGUGGGGAAUAACCAACUUGCGAUGGCUGCACAGUUGCAAGCUUGGGCACUGGAGCGCAAUAUUGAUCUGUCCCAACCUGCAAAUGCAAACUUGAUGGCACAGCUCAUUCCACUUAUGCAAUCAAGGAUGGCUGCCCAGCAAAAACCAAACGAAAGCAAUGUGGUUGCUCAUUCAUCACCCAUGCCAGUGUCAAAGCCACUGGUCACUUCUCCAUCAGUUCCAAGUGAGAGUUCUCCCCGUGCCAAUUCAUCAAGUGAUGUCUCCGGCCAACCUGGUUCUGCAAAAACCAGACAGACAGUUCCUUCUGGUCCUUUUGCCUCGAGUUCCAGUGCUGGGAUGGUUAACAGUGGGAACAAUACUGUAAUGCAGCAGUUUGCAGCUCAUGGCAGAGAGAACCAAUUAUCUUCUAGGCAGCCUGUUUUGAUGGGAAAUGGGAUGCCUCCCAUGCAUCCACCACAAUCCUCUGCAAACGUUAGCCAGGGUAUUGAUCCAUCUUUUCCAGGUAAAAAUUUAUCAGGAGGAGCAGAGUCAUCUCAGAUGCAGUACUUCAAGCACUCAAAUCGAUCUCCACGGUCUGCAGGACCUUCCAAUGAUGGAGGCUCUGGUGGUAACUUACAAUCACAAGGGGGGCCAGCAACCCAAGUGGCACAGCCACGUGUUGGCUUCACCAAACAGCAACUUCAUGUUCUUAAAGCACAAAUACUAGCAUUCAGGCGGUUGAAGAAAGGAGAAUGUACUCUCCCACAAGAGCUUCUUCAAGCCAUUGCUCCCCCACCCCUUGAGUUGCAGCUUCAGCAACAACUUCCUUCUUCAGGAGGUAGUAUUCAGGAUAGGAAUGCAGGGAAGAUCAUAGAAGACCAGGCAAGGCAGAUGGAGUCCAAGGAGAAGGUUUCACAGGCCGGGAUGUCCACGAAUGGGCACAAUAUUUCUAAGGAGGAAGUUUAUGCAAGAGAUGACAAAGCAUCUGUGUCAAUGGUUCAUGUUCCAGGAGUACCGGCUGUGAUGAAGGAACCUAUAGCAGUGGUGCCUCCAGGAAAAGAAGAGCAGCAAACUGCUGUGUUUUCUUCUAAGUCAGACCAGGAAGUGGAACGUGGUCAUCCAAAAACCCCAGCCAGAAGCGAUUCUUCUGUGGACAAGGGAAAAGCUCCUAUACCCCAAGUUGCUGUUUCUGAAACAGGUUCUAAGAAACCUGUGCAAUCGAACUCUGCUUCCCAGGCAAAAGAUCUUGGUUCUGCUAGAAAGUAUCAUGGACCACUCUUUGAUUUUCCUUUCUUCACCAGGAAACAUGACUCGUAUGGUUCAGCGAUUCAUAAUAAUAGCAAUAGUCUAGUACUGGCAUAUGAUGUCAAGGAUCUUCUUUUUGAGGAAGGCAUGGAAGUCCUUAACAAGAAAAGAUCUGAAAAUUUGAAGAAAAUUAGUGGCUUACUAGCAGUGAAUUUAGAGAGGAAAAGGAUUAGACCAGAUCUUGUUGUGCGUUUGCAAAUAGAAGAGAAAAAGCUUCGACUUAUGGAUUUGCAGUCGCGUUUGAGGGAUGAAGUUGACCAGCAGCAACAGGAGAUAAUGGCAAUGCCUGACAGGCCAUACAGGAAAUUUGUCCGUCUCUGUGAGCGUCAACGCAUGGAGCUGGCAAGACAAGUCCAGGCUACUCAGAAAGCUGUGAGAGAAAAGCAAUUAAAAUCCAUCUUUCAGUGGCGUAAGAAACUCCUGGAAGCUCACUGGGCCAUUCGUGAUGCACGGACUGCCCGUAAUAGGGGAGUUGCCAAGUACCAUGAGAGAACAUUGCGUGAGUUUUCAAAGAGGAAAGAUGAUGAUCGAAACAAAAGAAUGGAGGCGUUGAAGAACAAUGAUGUUGAAAGGUAUAGGGAAAUGUUGCUUGAGCAGCAGACUAGCAUUCCUGGUGAUGCUGCAGAGAGAUAUGCUGUUCUCUCAUCAUUCUUGUCUCAGACUGAAGAGUAUCUCAAUAAGUUGGGAAGUAAAAUAACUGCUACCAAGAAUCAGCAAGAAGUUGAGGAGGCUGCUAAUGCUGCUGCAGCUGCUGCACGGUUGCAGGGUCUAUCAGAAGAAGAAGUUAGGGCGGCCGCUGCUUGUGCUGGGGACGAAGUAAUGAUAAGGAAUCAGUUUAUGGAAAUGAAUGCACCCAGGGAUAGUUCAUCAGUUAGCAAGUAUUAUAAUCUUGCACAUGCUGUGAACGAGAAGGUGAUAAGGCAACCUUCAAUGCUACGAGCUGGAACUUUACGAGAUUAUCAGCUUGUUGGUUUGCAGUGGAUGCUUUCAUUGUACAACAACAAAUUAAAUGGAAUCUUGGCAGAUGAGAUGGGUCUUGGGAAGACUGUUCAGGUGAUGUCAUUGAUUGCUUACCUAAUGGAAUUUAAAGGGAACUAUGGUCCACAUCUCAUAAUUGUUCCAAAUGCUGUUCUAGUAAAUUGGAAGAGUGAGUUCUAUAAUUGGCUGCCAUCUUUAUCAUGCAUCUUUUAUGUGGGUGGAAAGGAUCAACGAUCAAAAUUAUUUUCUCAAGAGGUUUGUGCCAUGAAAUUCAAUGUCCUUGUGACAACUUAUGAGUUCAUCAUGUAUGAUCGCUCAAAACUUUCAAGAAUUGAUUGGAAGUAUAUCAUAAUUGAUGAAGCCCAGCGAAUGAAGGAUAGGGAUUCAGUUUUAGCCCGUGAUCUUGAUAGAUAUCGUUGCCAAAGACGUUUACUUCUGACAGGGACACCAUUACAGAAUGAUUUGAAAGAACUGUGGUCACUUUUAAAUCUACUUCUCCCUGAAGUGUUUGAUAACCGCAAAGCAUUUCAUGAUUGGUUCUCACAACCAUUUCAAAAGGAAGGUCCAACUCAUAAUGCUGAGGAUGAUUGGCUUGAGACUGAAAAGAAGGUUAUCAUUAUCCACAGACUACAUCAAAUUUUGGAGCCAUUUAUGCUCAGACGUCGUGUUGAAGAUGUUGAAGGUUCUCUUCCACCCAAGGUCUCUAUAGUGUUAAGAUGCAGAAUGUCAACUAUCCAGAGUGCCAUUUAUGAUUGGAUAAAAUCCACUGGGACUCUUCGAGUUGAUCCUGAAGAUGAGAAGCAAAGGGCUAAAAAAAAUCCAUUAUACCAGCCUAAGGUGUAUAAAACUCUAAAUAACAGGUGUAUGGAGCUUCGGAAAACUUGCAAUCACCCUUUGCUGAAUUACCCAUACUUCAAUGACCUUUCCAAGGCUUUCCUUGUUAGAUCAUGUGGGAAAUUGUGGGUCCUGGACAGAAUUCUUCUAAAACUUGAGAGAACAGGUCACCGAGUUCUGCUCUUUAGUACCAUGACAAAGCUCCUUGAUAUCUUGGAAGAAUACUUGCAGUGGCGGAGACUUGUGUACAGACGUAUUGAUGGAACAACAAGCUUGGAGGAUCGCGAAUCAGCUAUUGUGGACUUCAACAGCCCUGAUUCUGACUGUUUUAUCUUCUUGCUAAGUAUUCGUGCAGCCGGAAGGGGUCUAAAUCUUCAGUCUGCUGACACAGUUAUUAUAUAUGAUCCUGAUCCAAACCCUAAGAAUGAGGAACAGGCAGUUGCUAGAGCCCAUAGAAUUGGACAAACAAGGGAAGUCAAAGUCAUUUACAUGGAAGCAGUUGUUGAUAAAAUCUCCAGUCAUCAAAAAGAGGAUGAACUAAGGAGUGGAGGUACGGUUGAUUAUGAUGAUGAUUUUGCAGGUAAGGAUCGAUAUAUGGGAUCUAUUGAGAGCCUCAUAAGGAAUAAUAUUCAACAGUACAAAAUUGACAUGGCUGAUGAGGUCAUCAAUGCUGGACGCUUUGAUCAGAGAACAACACAUGAAGAAAGACGGAUGACUUUAGAGACAUUAUUGCAUGAUGAAGAGAGGUAUCAAGAAACCGUCCAUGAUGUUCCCUCAUUGCAUGAGGUUAAUAGAAUGAUUGCUAGAAGUGAGCUGGAAGUUGAGGUGUUUGAUCAAAUGGAUGAAGAGUUGGAUUGGACCGAGGAGAUGACGAGUUAUGAACAGGUACCUAAGUGGCUUCGAGCUAGUACGGGAGAAGUGAAUGCUGCUAUUGCUGCUUUAUCCAAAAAGCCAUCAAAGAAUAUUUUAUUUGGUGCCAGUAUUGGCACACAAUCAAAUGAAAUAGAAACUGAGAGAAAAAGAGGGCGGUUCAAGGGGAAAAAGCAUCCCAACUACAAAGAAAUGGAUGAUGACAAUGGAGACUACUCUGAAGCAAGUUCUGAUGAGAGAAAUGCUUCUUCUGGAAAUGAAGAGGAGGGGGAAAUGGGAGAGUAUGAAGAUGAGGAAUACAGUGGUGCUGCUGGAGCACCGCCUAUGCACAAAGAUCAGUCGGAAGAUGAUGGUCCAAUUUGUGAUGGUGGGUAUGAGUACAUCCAGAAUUCAGAUAACCUUAGGAAAAAUCACUUGCUUGAAGAACCUGGUUCCUCGGGAUCAUCAUUAGACAGUCGAAGACCAACACAUAUGGUGUCUCCAGUUUCUCCUCAGAAAUUUGGAUUUCUCUCUGCAUUGGAUGCUAGGCCUGGUUCUGUCUCGAAGAGGCGGCCCAAUGAACUAGAGGAAGGAGAAAUUGCAGUAUCAGGAGAUUCUCACAUGGAUCAUCAACAGUCAGGAAGUUGGAUUCAUGAGCGUGAUGAAGGUGAAGAUGAGCAGGUAGUACAACCCAAGAUAAAGCGAAAACGCAGUAUUCGACUUCGACCCCGACAUACUGUGGAAAGGCCAGAGGAAAAGUCUGGCAGUGAUGUGCUUUCUCUCCAACGUGGAGAAUCAUCUUUGAUGCCAUUGCAAUUGGACCACAAACGUCAAUCACAGCUGAAGACUGAGAGUGAAACAAAAACAUCUCGUGACCGCAGUUCUUUCAAAGAUCCAAGUGAUUCAUCUUUGAAAAAUAGGCGGAAUUUACCUUCAAGGAAAAUAGCUAACACCUCAAAGUUGCAUGCUUCACCGAAAUCAGGUCGAUCAAGUUACAUGUCCGGUCCUGUGGAAGAUGCAAUUGAACCAUCCAGGGAGAGUUGGGAUAGUAAAUUGGUUAACACCAGUGGGACUUCAAAUUCGGGUGUGAAGAUGUCUGACAGUAUCCAGAGGAAGUGCAAGAAUGUAAUAAGCAAGCUCCAAAGGAGAAUAGAUAAGGAGGGUCAACAAAUUGUACCACUGCUAACAGAUUUGUGGAAGAGAAAUGAAAAUUCUAAUUACAUGAGUGGAGGUGGAAAUAAUUGUUUGGAUUUACAGAAGAUUGAUCAGCGUGUUGAUAGAUUAGAGUAUGGUGGAGUUAUGGAGCUUGUUUCUGAUGUGCAAUGUAUGCUAAAAAAUGCAAUGCAGGUUUAUGGGUUUUCACAUGAGGUUAGAUCUGAGGCAAGGAAAGUUCAUGAUCUCUUUUUCGAUUUAUUGAAGAUUGCAUUUUCAGACAGAGAUUUCAGAGAAGCCAGAAAUGCACUCUCUUUCUCUGGUCCACCAGCCACCUCCACCUUGGUUGCAUCCCCAAGACAGACGGCAGUUGGUCAAAGCAAGAGACACAAACCAAUGAAUGAUGUGGAUUCUGACCCAAGCCUCCCUCAGAAGCCACUGCAACGUGGAUCCACACAUCUAGGUGAAGAUUCAAGAGUUAGAGGGCACGUGCCUCAGAAGGAAUCGAGGCUUGGAAGUGGAAGUAGCAGUGCACGGGAACAAUAUCAACAGGAUGAUUCUUCAUUGCUAACUCAUCCUGGAGAACUUGUUAUCUGCAAGAAGAAGAGGAAAGACAGGGAAAAGUCAGUGGGGAAGGCUAGGACUGGAUCAGCUGGCCCCGUUUCACCCCCAAGCGUGGGUCGUAAUUUGAGGAGUCCUGGAGCAAGUUCAGUUCCCAAGGAAGCGAAACUGAACCAACAAACAACCCAUCAGCAAGGUUGGCCCAACCAGCCUGCUAAUCCGGUAAAUGGCAGUGGUGGUGGGAGUGUCGGUUGGGCCAAUCCUGUUAAGAGGUUGAGAACUGAUGCCGGUAAACGGAGGCCAAGCCAUCUAUGAAUUUCUACAGAGUAGUGUAUUACAGAAGCAAAAUUCUUGCUGUUACGCUCAGGUGGGUGAGUGUAUUUGGUGGCCCUUUUAUGGCCUGUACAAUUGCAGUUUAGAUCAUAUUGUCUAUAUAGUGUAGGUCUUUAAUCCUCCUCCAUUGUAUACUGCUCCUUCCAUGGUUUAAAUGCAAAAAUAGUUUACAUAUCUGCAUUUUUGCAGGUGUUGUCUACCUUAUAAAUGGCGCUCCUAAUU